ACUGGAUCAGACUGCGGCUUCUCUGCGCGUCUCAGUGCGCGUGAGGUCGCUGUUCGGAGCGUCACCUCUCCUUCCUCUCUUUCGAUUUUGGAGUGAAAAUGGAGAAACACUGCACGGACUCACAAGUCAAAGGAGUCAGCACAGGGACCACCAUCCUGGCCGCCAUUUUUGAUGGAGGGGUCGUGAUUGGUUCAGAUUCCAGGGCUUCCAUUGGAGGGGAAUAUGUAUCAUCAAAGACCAUCAACAAGGUGAUUCAGGUUCAUGACCAGAUCUUCUGCUGUAUGGCAGGUUCACUCGCAGACGCUCAGUUUGUCACCAAGGCAGCGAAAUCCCACCUGGCCUUCCACAGUGUGCAGAUGGAGAACCCUCCACUGGUGAUCACAGCUGCAUCAGUGCUGAAGGAACUGUGUUAUAAAAACAAGGAGGAGCUGCAGGCCGGCUUCCUCACAGCAGGCUGGGACAGGAAGAAAGGUCCACAGGUGUACGUCGUGUCUCUAGGUGGGAUGUUAGUCAGUCAGCCUGUCACCAUCGGUGGCUCCGGCAGCACUUACAUCUACGGCUACGUUGACGCCAAAUACAAACCCAACAUGAGCAGAGAAGAAUGCCUCCAGUUUGCCACCAAUGCUCUGGCUUUGGCCAUGGGCAGAGACAACGUCAGUGGGGGCGUGGCUCACCUGGUGGUGAUCCAGGAAACAGGGGUGGAGCACGUGGUUGUACCUGGUGACAAACUGCCCAAGUUCCAUGAUGAGUGACCAACUUCAAACCACCACUGAAAUUAGAUUUUUAUUUUCAUUUUUUUGCAUUACAGAGUAAUAAUUUGGAUUCCAUAAGCCACAGUUUUAUCACUAAUUUGCUCUGUGUCAGAGUGGGAUGUAACAAAUCACAUACAUACAUGAAGCACAAAUCAGACAUAUGGAAAAUGAGUUAGUUGCCUGCUCAUGAAAAACUUAUGACUAUGACGUGAAGCAGUUAUGUAAACUGUUGAGUCUGUGUUAUUAUGGUUUGAUUGGUCAGCUAGUUUAUAAAAACUUCAUGCCAAACUACAAACUUCCACUAUCAACUCUUAAAAGAAACUGUGAUCAUUUCUAUUAGAAAACAUGUUUUGUGUUGUUUCUUUAGCUCGGGGAAAUGCGUGAAAUCAAAACUAAAAUAAAUAUUCUUCAAAGCC